GGCGAAGGCGGGAGCAGAAUAUAAGCGGUGGAGCACUGCCUCUGCGCACAGUUGCCGUCCUGACCAUCAGUCAUGCUGCGCGCGGUUCUGGUGUUGGCUGUGGCGGCUGCCGCGACGGCGCAGUACGUGUCGCCGUACGCGGUGGGCUGGCACCGCUUCCCUGGCGUGCUUCCGCAGUACCUGUCCGGCAGCAGCCUCGACAACCGCCAGGGCGAGGUGGUGUCGCAGUACGACCUGGAGACGCGCGUGUCGCAGCUGCCUCCGGACCGCCAGCCCUUCUGGUACGUCAACAAGGAGGUGCUGGAGGCCAUCAAGCACCAGCAGGUGCCCGUGCCCGCCACCACGCCCGCCGCCCGAUUUCGCCGCGCAGUCCUGCGGCCUCUGCCCAUUGCCUAAGGGGCAGCUUCCCGCGGAACCGUCGCAACGCGGAUCUCCCCUCGACUUCUUCCUAGCCACUCUCUGUCAGUACACUAAGUGGCUACUGUAUUUUUAUCCUCAACGUAGUUUCCAAUUCGUCAUUUUAGUGAUCAGAUUUCUCGACGCACAUUUCCUUGCUAGGUGACAAGUUCAUUAAUAUAUCUGACUGUCUGAAGAAACGAGAUUUAAAUCUUUAUACAGUGAUUAUUAACACCAUUGUACUCGAACUGUGUGCGUCAGUUGCGCAACAUUUUCGUGCCUGCUACUAUGCACUGGUUCCUUAGACCUUAUCGCAUCAAAAUCUUUCUAUUCGCGUCUCCUUAAUGGUCCAGUGAUGCGAUUUAGUAGUUAUGUUGAGGAGUUGGGGUUCGUAAAGAUAAAAUUAUGUUUUAGGUGGACUUAGUGUCUGUCCAAUUCCUUCAGAUGCUUGCUUUGUAUAACUUCUCGUUUCUUUUUCGAGAUUUUUUCUGCUAUCAUUAAGAGCAUAAAUGUAAAAAGUCGAAAUAAACCA